GGGGUAGCGGCGGCGGCUGCGGCCUGGGAGCGCGGCGGCUUUGAGGGCGCGGGAGCCCUAUCGAGUGCCGACGAGGGCAGGCAGGAGGGUGGGAAAGCCGGCAGGAGGGGAGGGCGGCGCCGAAGGAGGGCGGCGCGUGGCUGACUCAUCCCUCUGGAAGAUCAAACUGACAGAGACAAACCCUAGCCAAGCCCGCCCGCCCGCGCCGCCCCUCCUCAACCGGGAGGCGCCCGCCCGCACCGCCUACCCGCCCUCUCCCGGCCCGGCCGCCUCACAGAAAGUUUUUCUCGUCCGAGGGACCGACGCCGCCGCGGGCCUUUCGGAAGGGAAGGGGGGAUCGAAAAGGAGGCGAUCGCCGCGCGGGCCCGGGGAGUGCAUGGUGCCCGGCGCCUCGGCUGCCAGUCAGGAGGACAUCGGGGCGGGGUCCUGCCGAGCCUAGCUCCUUCUUCCCCGCGCCUGGCCAGAAAUCGCCCUCCCGGACUGCCGCGGGGGUCCCCGCUCCUCAGCCCGCCAUGUCCCGGCUGCUGCCGCUGCUGAGGAGCCGGACCGCACGCAGCCUGAGGCCGGGCCCGGCCGCCGCCGCCGCCGCCGCCGCCGCCGCCGCCGCCGCGCCCCGCCCGCCGUCCUGGUGCUGCUGCGGGCGGGGGCUGCUGGCGCUCGCGGCCCCCGGAGGCUCCCGAGGGCUGGGCACCCACCCCAAGAAGGAGCCCAUAGAGGCGCUGAACACGGCGCAGGGCGCGCGCGACUUCAUCUACAGCCUGCACUCCACGGAGAGGAGCUGCCUGCUCAAGGAGUUGCACCGCUUCGAGUCCAUUGCCAUCGCGCAAGCAUGCAGAUAUCCCAAACCUGAAACUGCCAUUGUGAAGCAAGCAAAGAAGGUAUCAUCAGCAGAGACCCCUGAUAGUUUUGGUAUUUCAAGAUGUUCCAGUCAACUGACAAGGACUUCUCCUCACAGUGUCAGAACUGUAGUGAUGAUGAGAGUAAUGCAACUAGCAAAUAGUUCUGAAAAGUUGGAAGCUGCACCACCCACCCCAGGACAGCUGAGAUAUGUAUUCAUCCACAAUGCGAUACCUUUCAUAGGGUUUGGCUUUUUGGAUAAUGCAAUAAUGAUUGUUGCAGGAACCCAUAUUGAGAUGUCUAUUGGAAUUAUUUUGGGAAUCUCAACUAUGGCAGCUGCUGCUUUAGGAAAUCUUGUGUCAGAUUUAGCUGGACUUGGACUUGCAGGUUAUGUUGAAGCUUUGGCUUCCAGAUUAGGCCUAUCAAUUCCUGAUCUUACACCAAAGCAAGUGGACAUGUGGCAAACACGUGUUAGUACACAUUUUGGCAAAGCUGUUGGGGUGACUAUUGGCUGCAUUCUAGGAAUGUUUCCUUUGCUUUUCUUUGGAGGAGGUGAAGAAGAUGAAAAACUGGAAAAGAAAAAUUAACCCUAUUAGAAUACCUAUAAAAAGAUGUAAACUAAUGUACCUCAAUUACUAAAUAUGCUGUCACAACAUUUAGGAAUUAAGACAAUAACAGUGUAUAGAUACGGGAUCAAAUAAUUCAGCAUGUAUUAUGGAAAACACUAACUUAUUGUGGCUUGGUUUUCUUAGGACAUCUUUUUAAAAAAUGUUUAGUAUCCAUUUUGUGUAAAUUGUUGAAAUGCUUUUUCAUCAAUGGCAGUCAACAUUUUACCUUUUUAUUCGUAUAUCAAAAUAUCAUUUAAGUAUCAGUCAUUGAUGUACUGUACUAAGUUGGGGUUUGCAUAUUUGUUACUCCAUGUGUGUGCAUGCAUGAAAGGAUCUUCUGUUGUUGCUGUUGUUCUCUGGUUACAACUCAGCCUUGAGAUGUUUGCCACAUUACUUAAGAUGUGUAAUAUAAGUUAAAGGUUUUUUUUACUCUAUUUCAGCAACAUCAAUUUUGUACUGUUUUACAUUGAAUAUUUACAAUCAUA